CCAAACACUGAACCGAAGGUCUCGAGUCCAAUGAAACGAAAUGUUAACCAGGCCUAAUGAUGCGAUAUUUCAACCAACGUGAGAAUACGAUGGAAUUCUUUUUACUGGAAUAUAUGAUUUGAAGUAACUGAAGAGCAGUUUGACUGCCUGCAAUGAUGGCGACGUAUUCAGCGUCGCGGAGCUCGGUUGACCUGGCAAUCGACCCUCUGAUCACAUGCAAGCUGUGUCUGAUGGAGUGUCUCCUGCCAGAGAUGUACGAACUGCAUGACUGCAAGUGUCUGUACUGUGAGUCGUGUGUACGUCAGUACCUGACAGUGAUGAUCACCGAGGGCAACGUAUCCGAGAUCACGUGUCCAGAUGCUCAGUGUAAGAAGCAAGGCAAGAUCGAAGGUCCAGAGAUUAAAAAAAUGGUUGACCACACAACAUUUGAGAGAUACCAAAGAUUACGGUAUUUGAGGGAGGUUGACAUGGACCCCAACCGUACCUUCUGUCCCGAGGCUGGCUGUGAAACUGUCUGCCAUGUUUGCUCAAGUCCAACACCUCCCCCGGAGGAGAAUGUCCAUCCUUCACCUGUCCAGUGUCCAACAUGUGGUCUCAAGUUCUGUUCAAUAUGUAAAUCCAAAUGGCAUGCUGCCAAAACUUGUGAUGAGGUGAUGGCGUCUGGCAGACAGGAAGACCUCGGCAUUCCAUUCAGCAGUGCUGAAGAUGCGAAGAUCAAGCGGUGCCCCGUCUGCCAUGUGCCUAUAGAGAGAAAUGAUGGCUGUGCCCAGAUGAUGUGUAAGAGAUGCAAACAUGUUUUCUGCUGGUACUGCUUGGCGUCUCUAGAUGAUGACUUUCUGUUGCGGCAUUACGACAAGGGGCCAUGUAAAAACAAACUGGGACAUUCCAGAGCCUCUGUGAUAUGGCAUAGAACACAGGUGGUAGGUAUUUUCGCAGGUUUUGGCGUGCUUCUCUUGGUGGCAUCUCCCUUCCUCCUUCUUGCUGCACCAUGCAUCCUGUGCUGCAAGUGCAAGAUGUGCAAGUGUUGCGAAGACGAGGAAGGCGAUGGACUCGCUACUUGACACGGGAUGCCAUUGCAUGGUUGAAGUCAUUUCGGAGGAUAGUCAAGCCAAAUUGUUAUAGAAGCAAAAUAAUAUAUGUGACAUGACAGUGAAAUAUCCUCUUUUUGUACUUGUAUGGGAGUUCAAGGUGAAAUCUGAAAUAUUUCAAGAUAGGUGAGACUGGGAAAUGAGAUGUGACAAUAUAUUGAGAUAUCGCCAAGCAGGGAGAAGUCAGUGUGCUGGUUUGCAGUGUCACAUUCCCAUAUGGGUGAUCUCAAUGGCAACUCAUGGUGCAACAGUUAGCUAAGAGAAUAAGUAAUACUGUUUAACAUGCUGAUUGUAAGUAGACUUCUGUAGGAUUCAAAAGCCAAUUCUCAGCAUCAUGAAGCUCCAGGAGGCUUUGAAUUUUACUUAUUACCCUCUACCCAAUAACUGACUGCUGAGUAAAAUAUCCUUUAUUGUAUAGCAUUAAACAGAAGAGUCUAAUGAGUGCCCUGUUCCGUUAAAGAAAUUAUGGGAUGGUGUUUGCUAAGUCAAAACCAUCAUUUUUGGAGAGGGAACCCAAAGUUUUCUGACUGAAAUUUUCUUUGAACCCUGUGUUGUGACCAUAAGAAAUUUUGGUUCAACAAAUAUGCUGGUAGGCUGGACAACAAGUAUUGCUUAGAACCAUGAAUAGUCCUUUCAUGCAGUCCAGAUGGAUAUUUAAAAAUGUUAAAUUUAAAUAUCUUUGUUGUUUGAUUUUAACAAAAUUAAAGAGCAUAAAUUGGGAGAAUAUUUCCAUUAUAAACGUAUGCAUGUUUUAGAGUUGAGGAGCCAGUUUUGUGGAACCAUUGUGUUCUUCUGGCUUCCUGACAAACUAUAUUUGUCAGGUGUUAGUAGUGUGCUUUCUCUCAGACCACUGUUGCAUCAAAUGCAGUUUAGGUUGUAUAAUAUGUACAAAUAUAUAAAUAGCGUGUUGACAUUUAGUGUGCAACUGUAAGAACCCUAGCUGGAGCUGUGAUGUCAUGUCCAUUGUCUGUCUGGUCAGGACCUAGUAGAAAGUGAGUGUUACUGAUAGUUUGGUAUUUAUACUACAUAUACUGCCCAGCUGUUGUCAGGGAAAUCAGCCAGCCCAGUGUAGGACUGAGCGUCAGUUACUGGAGUUUAUGUCAUAAGUAUUCAUUUAUUGCCCUUGAGUCUGUUCUGCUAGAGCUGUCAUUAGUGUGUGUUUCAUAUUGAGUGAGUGAGUUUAGUUUUACGCCACAUUCGGCAAUAUUCCAGCUAUACGGCGGCUUUGUAAUAAUCAAGCGUGGAC